CUGUCAUGGCGGCGCCCUGCCGGAGAUUAUUUUCAUGGUGAAACUCAGCAGACAGAAAACGUCUUUAUUUCAGGAUGAGCUGAACGAAGAAAUGCGUCAGUAUCAGGUAUGAAUGUGAUGUCAUCGAUGAUGCGGGGGGCCCGUCGGCUCGUCCGCACCGACCUGUCUCUGCUCAGCACCUUCCUGCCGGUGCCCCUCCUCUGUCCUGCUCGAAGCCCCGCCCCCCUGCUCACCUGUCGACAGAACAGGAUGUUCGCCUCCAAACAGGUCAAAGGUCAGAAAAAAGACCAAAAGAACCAGAAGGUCAAAGCUAAAGUAGACAAACAGGAAGUGGAGAUCAGACAGAGGAUGACGGUGGCGUCUCUCGCUGAGGCCAUGAACAAAGACUUUGAUCAUGUGUUUGAGGCUCUGCUGAACUCCUCGGUGGAUCUGGACUCUCUGGAGCCAGACUCAGUUCUGGAGGAGAGGUGGAUUAAGGAGGUGGUGACUCGAUCAGGGAUGAAGUUCAAAUGGGCCAAACUGAGCGAGAGCAAAGAGAGACCCAACAGAGACGUCCACAGGAGACCUCCAGCGGACCCCUCCAGCCUGGUGUCCCGCCCCCCAGUGGUCACCAUCAUGGGUCAUGUGGAUCACGGCAAGACCACCCUGCUGGACAAUCUGAGGAAGAGCCAGAUCGCCUCGACGGAGGCCGGAGGGAUCACGCAACACAUCGGAGCUUUUCUAGUCCAGCUGCCUACAGGUGAGAAGAUCACCUUCCUGGACACUCCAGGUCACGCUGCCUUCUCCUCCAUGAGAGCUCGCGGAGCAAGCGCCACAGACAUCGUCAUCCUGGUGGUGGCGGCUGACGACGGCGUCAUGAACCAGACAAUCGAGUCCAUCGAGCAUGCCAGGAGAGCCAAAGUGCCAAUAAUCGUUGCCGUGAAUAAGUGCGAUAAGUCUCAGGCCGACCCUCAGAGAAUCAAACAGGAACUGCUGGCUCACGAUGUCGUCUGUGAGGAGUUUGGAGGAGACGUUCAGUCGAUCCACAUCUCUGCUCUGAAGGGCGACAACCUGCUGGCUCUCGCUGAGGCCACGGUGGCGUUGGCAGAGGUUUUGGAGCUGAAGGCAGAGCCCAGCGGCCCCGUCGAGGGAAUCAUCAUCGAGAGUCGCACUGACAAAGGCAAAGGUCCUGUAACGACAGCCAUCAUCCAGCGGGGGACGUUGAAGCGAGGUUGCGUCCUGGUGGCGGGGAAGAGUUGGGCUAAAGUGCGUUUCCUGUUUGAUGAGAAUGGGCGAGCGCUGACGGGGGCCGGGCCGAGCGUCGCGGUGGGGGUGGUCGGCUGGAAGGACCUGCCAUCUGCUGGUGAGAUCAUGCUGGAGGUGGAGUCCGAGCAGCGAGCGAGGGAGGUGGUGGAGUGGAGGACUUAUGAGGAGGAGCAGCUGAAGCUGCAGGAAGAGCAGAGCGCCAUCGAGCUGAAACAGAAACUACACCUGGAGGAGUACAGGAAGGAGAGGGCGGAGCUAAGUCACCUGAGCUGGAGGAAGAGGAAGGCUGCUCUGUACCGAGCCAACAGGACCAAGUUCGCCACGAGGCCGAGUGAGAGGACGCAAGCAGACGAGCGGAGCCUGCUGCUCAUCAUCAAAGGGGACGUGGACGGGUCGGUGGAGGCCAUCUUGAACAUCCUGGACAGUUACGACGCUCAGCAGCAGUGUGAGCUGGAGGUCCUUCACUGUGGCAUCGGAGACGUUUCAGAGAACGACGUCAACAUGGCCGAAACCUUCGCAGGUUCGAUUUACGGCUUCAACGUUGGAGCCAGCAAGUCGGUCCGGCAGCUGGCGUCGAGGCGAGACGUCCCGCUCCGCCUCCACAACGUGAUCUACAAACUGAUCGACGAGUUGAAGGAGGAGCUGAGCGGCAGGCUGCCCCCCCUCCUCUCGGAGAACGUCGUCGGUGAAGCAGCCGUUCUCGCCACGUUCGACAUCACCGUGGGGAAGAAGAAGGUUCCUGUGGCCGGCUGUCGGGUUCACAAAGGUCAGCUGGACCGUCGACUGAAGUUCAGGCUGAUCCGAGGCCUGGACACCCUGUGGGAGGGUUCUCUGGUGGCGCUGAAGCACCACAAAGACGACGUCCAGGCGGUGAAGGCGGGGAUGGAGUGCGGCCUGUCAGCUGACGGCGAUGUCGACUUCAGCCCCGGUGAUGUCAUCGUCUGCUUCGAGGAGCUGGACUCUCCUCAGGUCACUUCCUGGGACCCCGGCUUCUAGUGAUGACUUCGCCUCCCAUCAUCCUCUGCUGCCCCAGGCGGACGAGCAGCAGAGGAUGAUGGGAACUUCCUGCUGAUGUUCAGAGUUCCUGCUCACAGUGAAUGUAACAUGUCCAUGAGAUCAUGAACAUUUUGUUUGUUUGGAUCAUAAAUAUUCAGUUCUUCUCUAAUGUGA